AUCACAGCGCCACGCCCUCGGGGCUCAAGGUCAGAGAGGCUCCGGAUUUCCAGGACCCGAGAGUCAAAGAUAUUCAGUGAGAGAGAGCGAGACUGGAGGAGGCAAGGAAUAGGUUUGCACCACCUUGCCCAUAACGCGUUGCUUUCAGUCACGUUCCGCGAACUGACGAAAUUAUAAUGUUAUGAUCACUAUUUUUAAUGGAAGAUGAUUGAAAGUGAAAACCUAAACCAAGAAGAAAUAAUUAAAGAACUGUGUUUGUGCAAUGGCUUAUCUUAUGAGAUGGUUGGACAAGAAGGAUCAGAUACAUCAAAGUUGGAGAUGUUUUUCUUAGGGUAUCCUCGUAUAGUCGGAUUAUCAUUAUUUCCUAAUUUAACGAGUCUUACCAUUGUUGCUCAAGAUAUAAAAGAAAUUUCAGGGUUAGAGCCUUGUUUACAACUUAAAGAACUUUGGAUUGCUGAGUGCUGCAUAGAGAAAAUUGAAGGUCUUCAGGAAUGUAGAAAUUUGGAAAAACUAUAUUUAUAUUUUAAUAAAAUUUCCAAAAUAGAAAAUUUAGAGAAAUUAAUCAAAUUGAAGGUUCUUUGGCUGAACCACAAUACAAUUAAAAAUAUUGAGGGUUUGCAAACUUUGAAGAAUUUAAAAGAUCUCAACCUUGCUGGAAAUCUAAUAAAUAGCAUUGGUCGAUGUCUUGACUCCAAUGAACAACUGGAAAGAUUAAACCUUUCUGGUAACCAAGUAUGUUCUUUCAAGGAGCUCACGAACUUAACCAGGCUGCCUUGCUUAAAGGAUUUAUGUCUGAAUGAUCCUCAAUAUAAAACCAAUCCAGUUUGUCUUCUGUGUAAUUAUUCCACACAUGUAUUAUAUCAUUUACCUUGCCUUCAAAGAUUUGACACAUUGGAUGUGUCAGCAAAGCAAAUCAAGGAACUGGCAGAUACGACAGCAAUGAAAAAAAUAAUGUAUUACAAUAUGCGUAUAAAAACUCUUCAGAGGCAUCUUAAUGAAGACCUUGAAAAACUGAAUGAUCGAAAAUGCAAAUUACAAAAGUUGCCAGAAGAACGAAUAAAAUUAUUCAGCUUUGUGAAGAAAACCUUGGAACGAGAACUGGCUGAACUCAAGGGCUCGGGCAAAGGGCACAGUGAUGGAUCCAAUAACAGUAAAGUAACUGAUCCUGAAACAUUGAAGAGUUGUGAAACUGUCACUGAAGAACCAAGUCUUCAACAGAAGAUAUUGACCAAACUAAAUGCCUUGAAUGAAAGGGUAACAUUCUGGAACAAAAAACUAGAUGAAAUUGAAGCAAUUUAUCAUAUUGAAGUAAAACAAAAGAAGAAAAGUCAUGGCUUAUUGAUCCCACUUUUGUUAACUGAGUUAGAGACUGUGGGAAAUUUCCAUUUUGAAGAAGGCACUCGAUCUGAUGACUGGUUUAAUUUCUGCUAUGAAUUAAUUCUGUCACGUUUUUGUGCCUGGGACUUCAGAACAUAUGGUAUUACAGGAGUAAAAGUAAAACGCAUCAUUAAAGUUAACAACCGUAUUCUGAGAUUAAAAUUCGAAGAGAAAUUUCAAAAGUUUUUGGAGAAUGAAGAUAUGCAUGAUUCAGAGAGCUACCGAAGGAUGCUGGAAUGCCUUUUUUAUGUUUUUGAUCCUGAAGUUACAGUGAAGAAAAAGCAUCUUCUACAAAUACUUGAAAAAGGAUUCAAAGAGAGUGAAAAAAGCAAGUUGCCUCUCAAAAGAGAAGCCGUCAUUCUUUCUAACAGUUUAAGUAUAAGUGAGUGUCCCAGAAUUGAAUUUUUACAGCAAAAGCACAAAGAUGAGAAGAAAAACUCUCUUAAGCAUGAGCUCUUCAGACAUGGCAUCCUCCUCAUUACAAAAGUUUUCCUUGGCCAGAGUGCUCAGGCCCAUGAAAAAGAAUCCAUCAGUCAAUCCAACUAUCCAAUGGUUAAUUCAGUGUUCAUUCCUCGGAAAUAUUUACUAAAUUCUGUCAUGGGACAAAGAAACUGUGAUUGCAGUGUUCGGCAGUGCAAGUGGUUUGUCUUUGAUCAUGAUCUUGUUUUGCCAGAAUACGUUGUUGAAUUUGAGUAUAUUACAAUGGUCAAGUCACCCUCUUUAUUUUCUGUAUUCAACAAUGUUAUUCUAGAAGAAAGCAAAAAAAGCCCAGAAGGAUCAGUAUUUUCCAAGGAUUUGAAAUUUGAUGAUGAAGUUAUAAAAAUGGAGCCCAGAAUCAAGGCCCGACCAAAACUGAUUAGUUUGGAUGAUAAAACAAUACUUUCCCUUGCAAAAACUAGUGUUUACAGUCAUAUUGUGAGUCUGAAUCUACAUGGAAACGGCUUGAGUAAAUUGAGAGAUCUCUCCAAGUUAACAGGACUUCGAAAACUAAAUAUUAGCUUUAAUGAAUUUACCUGUUUAGAUGAUGUAUACCACUUGUAUAACCUUGAAUAUUUGGAUGCAAGCCAUAACCAUGUGAUAACCCUUGAGGGAUUUAGAGGUCUGAUGAAACUGAAGCACUUAGACUUGAGCUGGAAUCAACUGAAAAAAUCUGGCGAUGAAAUAAAUAUGUUAUGCAAACACACCACAAGCCUUCUCACUCUUGAUAUUCAACAUAAUCCAUGGCAAAAGCCAGCCACAUUGAGGCUGAGUGUUAUUGGCAGAUUAAAGACUCUUACCCAUUUAAAUGGAGUCUUCAUUUCUGAAGAAGAAGCAACAGCAGCUAUGAAAUUUAUUGCUGGAACAAGGAUUACUCAGUUAUCUCUCUUACGGCAUUCUAGUACUAAAGAGGAGAGACCACGGAUACUUAGUAUAUGGCCUUCUGCCAAAAUUCUGACGCAGAUUUCAAAGUUAGGACCUCAUUUACAUCCGAGUGGAAACUGGUACUUGAAGAUAACUGCCUUAAAUUUAGAUGGACAACAUCUUUUUGAAAUCACAAAUUUAGAAAAAUUGGAAAAUUUGAAAUGGGCAUCAUUCAGCAAUAAUAAUCUCACUAAAAUGGAGGGUCUGGAAUCCUGUAUUAACUUGGAAGAGCUCAUAUUAGAUGGAAACUGCAUCUCAAAGAUAGAAGGUAUUUCCAAGAUGACUAAAUUAACUCGCCUCAGCAUAAAUAAUAAUCUUCUCACUGGUUUGGAACAGCAUACCUUUGAUAAUAUGCUUCAUCUUCACUCCCUUUCUCUUGAGAACAACAGAAUCACUUCAUUGAGUGGUUUACAAAAAUCUUUUACUCUUGUUGAGUUAUACAUAAGCAAUAACUAUAUUGCUGUCAAUCAGGAGAUGUACAAUUUAAAGGGUUUAUGCAACUUGGUCAUUCUAGACAUGUGUGGAAACAUUAUUAUAUGGAAUCAAGAAAACUACCGGUUAUUUGUAAUAUUUCAUCUUCCAGAACUGAAAGCUUUGGAUGGGAUACCAAUUGAACCACCAGAGACUGAGAAUGCAAAAGAUUUGUUUGGUGGUAGACUUACUUCUGACAUGAUUGCAGAACGACAAGGACAUUCCAACUUCAUGCAAAUGCAAGAACUAAAUUGGACUUCAUCAUCCAUUAGAACAGUGGAUUUGAUUCCAGUCGACCAAUUUAGAAAUGUAUGUAAUGUGAAUCUACAGAACAAUAAUCUCACUUCAUUCAGUGGAUUAAUCUAUCUACCUAAUGUGAAGGUCUUAUGCCUCAACUAUAAUCAUAUUGAAUCAAUCAUGCCCAGACUAAAGCCUCAGACUCACUUAACCAAUAGACAACUACUGUACCAGAAAGUGCCUUCAAGUGGCUAUGGACAGCAAGGAAUUUCAAAAACAAACAGAGACAUAACGAGCAGUGAAAAUUUGCCCCCAAUAAUGCACAGUUUAGAAGUUCUUCAUUUGGGCUACAAUGGAAUUUGUAAUUUGAUCCAGCUACAACUUAACAGACUAAGAAAUUUAAAAUUCCUCUUUCUACAGGGUAAUGAAAUCAGCCAAGUUGAAGGGCUUGACAACUUAGCAGUCCUUCAGGAAUUGGUAGUGGAUCAUAACCGCAUCCGAUCAUUUAAUGACAGUGCUUUUGCCAAACCAAGUUCUUUAUUGGCACUUCACUUGGAGGAAAACAGACUACGAGAACUGGGCAAAUUACAAUCUUUGGUAAAACUAGAGAAACUCUUCCUAGGAUAUAAUAAAAUCCAGGAUAUCACAGAACUGGAAAAACUUGAUGUUAUCUCUACUCUCAGGGAGCUUACAGUGUACGGCAAUCCAAUUUGUAGAAAAAUGCUACAUCGCCACAUGCUCAUAUUUCGACUGCCUAACUUACAGAUGUUAGAUGGAAGUCCUGUGAAUUCAGAUGAUAGGGCAAAAGCUGAAUUUCACCUCGCUGAACUACAAGCAAAGAAAAAUUUGCUUAUUCCUGUUACCCAGUGUCCUAUGGAUGGCAGAUCAUUUGGCCAAGUGAAAACUCCUCCCAUAAAGAUAACAAAUGUAAUUCUGCCUAGUGGAUUCAGCCAUUACUUGGGAUCUGACGUCACUUUAACUCCUGAAGUUGAAGACAAAAAAAACAAGAAUGCUGGGAUUCUGACAAAUAAUCCUCGGAGCAUCCAUGCAGAAAUAGCUUUUCAGCAACUCAGAGGGAUAGGUAUCUCUCCAUCUGUUUUAUCACAUCAGAAUAUUGCAUCUCCAACUGCACAAAUAUGCCAGAGCAACCAAGAUGAGAGAAGAAUUUCUGGGAGCAACUUUCCAAGAUCAAAUCGAAUGUAACUGCCUAAAGAGAAAUGAGCAUACAUCAAAAAACAAAUUUACCUGUUUAGUAGCUGUACAAAAACUAGCUGACAGUGGUCAGUUAAAAAAAGAAAAAAAAGAUAAUCAUGUUACUUAAGUUACUGAAGCACUUCAGUUCCAUAUGAAGAUAAUCUAUUACCCUUCAUGAACUUGAUUUAAUAUCACCUCUCUUAAACUUUCUUUAUGGUUAUCUUCAGUUAUUUGUUUAAAUUUCUAUAUCAUAAAAAUCAUGAACUAUUACAUCAGACAACAAUCUGAAAAGAUAAAAGUGACAUGAAACAAAGUCUAGAGAACUGAAUGCUUAGUUCUGGUAUUAGAAACAUUUAGUCAUGAAAUGUCAUUAUGGCAUGUCAUAGGAAGAUACUAAGAAAAGAUAACUUUAGGAAAUAGGCAUACUUUCAUUUGUAGAGUUAUCUAUUCAUUUGAGAUUACAUAAAACUAAAGCACAUUUCUUACCAAAUGCAACUAUUACUAAAGCAAGAUGAGUUUUGCUAGUUGAACUACAGAUUGGUUUUUAGGACUGUAUUUUUUUUUAAAAAAAUACCCUCAAAUCAGAUCUGCCCUCAAAACUGUUUAGAGAUGCAAAUUGUGAGCAUCAAUAGUAGUUUCUAAAUGUGGCUAACUGUGGGUACAACCAGUCCUUCAUGCUCUAAGAAUAAAAAAAGAGCCUGAUUUCAUAUACAAAUCACUAAUUACACCUACAGUGAUAUAAUUUUACAAGUAGUUUCAGAUUGAAGAGAACACGUAUCCAAACUGAGUGGACACAUUUAAAAAUAUGACCUUCGAUAAUUAUAUUUUACCGAAAAGAACUUUUCUAAACUAUUACAUUGCAUAGUACUAGGACAUAUCACAGAUUAAUCAAAUGUGGUUAUGAAUUUGCUCGUUAUAAUUAUUUAAAUUGAUAACCAAAUUGCCAGUCAUAUUUUGAUAUAAAUGAGCUCCAUGAUUCAUGAAGUAUUCUAUUUAAAAUGUUAAAGUUAUUGGUUCAACAGUACAUGUAGUUUCAUAAUAUUUUAUACUUUUCUUACAUGAAAAUAAAUUAUUUUAACUAAAAUAUGUAGACUUUAUAAUCUGCCUGGGAAUAGUUUUAAAGGUAUUUUGAGAUGAUAUAAUUCCAAUGUCUAUGCAACAAUUUUUUAUUUUUAUUUUUUAAAUGUUGUAUGUCUGUAAUUUAAUCAUGUAAUAUUUAAAAUUUCAAACCUAAUUACAGAUUGAUUUUGCUCUU